UAGAGUUAUAUAAGAUACAAUAUAUCUCAUCAGGUAUUAAUAAGAAUAAACAUCAACAGAACGCAGACGGCGGUGAACGGAGCGGGAAUCAGACCGUAACUGUGAGUGCGAGGAGCCGCUUGGCCGCCUGGUGGCAGAACCUGACGGUGCUCGUCAGGACCCCAACCCUCCGUAGGAUCACCCUUGUGCUCUUCGGCUGCUGGUUCUGCACAGGAGUCACUUACUGGGGCAUUAGUCUCUCUGGUACGACUUUUAGCACCGACCCCUUCCUGUACAUGGUCCUAAGUUCCUUGAUGGAGAUCCCAGGCUACAGCGGCUUCACCCCGGUGGUGGCUCGCUUCGGGAGGCGGUUCGUGCUCUCCUUCAACUUCGCCGUGUGCUCCGCCGCCAUCCUCACCAUCCUCGCCACGCCCUCAAGCUACACUUGGAUGAUAUUCUCCCUGGCGCUGGUGGGCAAGCUCUUCAUCACAGGCAGCUACGGUCUCCUCUACCUGGUCUCCUCCGAGCUCUUCCCCACUUGUGUCCGUUCUAGGGGGCUUAAUGUCUCCUCUCUGAUGGCUCGCAUCGGCUCCAUCGUCUCUCCUUUCGUCAUCAAGGUCUUGGCCCUCUCGUACUGGUGGGCUCCGUCGGUGUUGUUCGGCGUCUGUGCAGGAGUAGGCUGCCUCUUCGCCCUCCUGCUGCCAGAGUCCAAUAAGAAGCCUAUGCCAGAUACCGUGGAGCAGCUGGAGCUCCUCUACGGCAGUAGAUCAAUCUCCUCAAACAGCAUCGAGAAGGGUGUUGGGACCUCACUGAUCUCAGAGGAGAGUGUGUCUUCAGAUGUCGCUGAUGUAUGAAGAAAAGCAGUUUUAGAUUAUAAAGUGAUAAUCCAGUGUCUUUCAUAAAGUGCAUGGGUGUUGUAUACAUUAUCAGAAAACUUGUGUAACUUCUCCGAGGAAGUUAGGAUAACAAGGCAGCUGGUGUACAAGGUCAAGCGAUGUGUUAGAAUUUCUUGCCUUACAAAAUGCCUUUUACUCCGCUAUAGUUGCGCAUCGAAAGUAUUAUUUAUACAAAUAGUGUAAAGAAAGUUAGGAUGAAUUAUACACAGGAAAUUACUUGCCCAGACUAUUUCACGAUUACGUAAUUUAUUUGCUAUUUAACGUGCUUAAUCGUUACGCCUACAAUAAGGGUACGUACUCCCCGUAAGGGUCCGUGCAGUUCUCCACUCACAAUCGGGCAUCCCGGGUUCGAUCCCCGGACACGACAGAAAUGGUUGGACACGCUUCUUUUAACCUAGCAGUACACAGGUACACGGAAGUUAGGCAACUGUUGUGGGGUUGAUCCUGGGAAAGGUCAUUGUUUCGACCUAGGGGGGGGGGGGGGGGGACCU